AUGUCCUCGUCAGACCCAGACCCCAGCCGCACCGUUCGGCUGGACCGCACGAUCUCUCAUCCCGGAGCAGUCAAAAUCAAUGUCAAGGGAGCUUUUAUUGUCGAUGAGGAUCCCCGAUCCAAAAGCCCCGUCCGGACUGAUGGCAUUCAUUACGAAGGCCAUGAUAUCCGUCUUCCUCAUCACACUGGCUUGGUGAGCCAUGUGGCGGUUGAUAUUGGGGGUUCGCUGGCGAAAUUGGUUUACUUCACACGAGAAAUCGAGUCCGCGGACAAUGGUGGCCGGUUAAACUUUAUCAACUUCGAAACCCACCGCAUAGACCUAUGCAUUGAAUUUAUCAAGGAAUUGAAGGAGGAAUAUGAGAAGGCAAAUGGGCCUUCUCCGGAUCAACUCUGUGUUGUGGCGACGGGAGGAGGUGCCUACAAAUACUACGACCAGCUCAAAGAGGCGCUGAAGGUGAACAUUAUCCGGGAGGACGAGAUGGAGUGCCUGAUCACCGGUCUCGAUUUCUUCAUCACCGAAAUUCCAAAUGAGGUCUUCACGUACAGCGAAACUGAGCCGAUGCAGUUUGCCGAGGCCCGACCGGACGUCUACCCGUAUCUGUUAGUUAACAUAGGCUCUGGAGUCUCUAUCAUCAAAGUAUCCGGCCCUAAACAAUUCCAGCGUGUGGGAGGCACCCACUUGGGUGGUGGAACGUUCUGGGGCAUCAUGUCACUUCUGACUGGUGCCCGGACCUUUGACGAGAUGCUGGCAAUGGCCGACCAAGGGGACAAUAGCGGGGUGGAUAUGUUGGUUGGGGACAUCUAUGGCAUGGACUACAACAAAAUUGGGUUGAAGAGUACUGCUAUUGCCAGCACGUUCGGGAAGGUUUUUCGGCUGAAGAGUGCCUCCGAGCGACAGGACGAGAGCCAGGAAGGCGAUGACCACGAUGAACCCGACCAGACCAAUUGGGAUGUAAAGUUCAAAAAUGAAGAUAUGAGCCGAAGUCUUCUUUAUGCUAUCAGCAAUAACAUUGGCCAAAUUGCCUACCUUCAGUCGGAGAAGCAACAAGUCAAGCACAUCUAUUUCGGUGGCUCCUUUAUACGCGGACAUCGGCAGACAAUGAACACUCUAUCUUAUGCGAUCCGGUUCUGGUCCAAAGGUGAGAAACAGGCAUACUUUCUGCGCCACGAGGGCUACAUCGGUGCUGUUGGCGCCUUCUUGCGCAGGAAGCCAGCCAACUGGGGUCGUCGGAAUAGCAUCGAUGGGGCUUCCACCGUUUGA